AUUGAAGAGGAGAUAGUUAUAUCAAACUCUUUGUAAGGUGGAUGAUAGCAUGACCACAGAAGGUAAUUGGAUUGUUACCCAAGGCAAGAGAAAAAGUUGUCGAUCCUUUCCAAAAAGUACAGUUAAACCUCUCUGCAACUGCCACCUUGGGGACAGAUGAGAGUGGCCUUUAUAACCUGAGAUCAGGCUCUAUUUUCGUUUCGCUUUGAGAAUUACAUUCCAGCGGGCAAGACAAAACGAAAAUUUCAGCGGUAGCCGUUAGAGAGAAUGUAUGAGAACCGCUCAAAUUGGGCCUGAUCUCAGGUUAUGGCCUUUAUAAAAAAGUGGCCAGUGUAGAGAGGUUUAUAAGUCAAUGUAUGGAUUAUUUGUCCGCCAAGACAAAAAAAGUGACCGCUAGUGGAGAAAUGUUCAAAAAAGUGUGAUGCUAGUGCAAAGUUGUUGAUGUUCUCCUUGCUUUGCAUGUCACCAUUGUUGUUGCAAAAGCUCUUUACUCUCAUUAGAUGAGUUAACAAAUGGUUCUGUUCUCAACAGCAUGACAAAGACUGACAGUAUUCUUGUUUCAUUUAAGGUAUGGUCUUUGGAGAGUGGUGACUGCCAGUUGACUCUACCUGGAGACCACUCCUCAGGGGUUUCAUGUGUAACUUUUAAUGAUCAGUGGGUUAUUAGUGGUGAUAACUGUGGUGAGAUCAAGGUAAGAGUAAACUCUGGUGCUCAUCACAAAUAAUUUAUGGUAUUGUUAUUGUGGGUAGUCUUGUCCAACAGCUUUGUAAACUUUUAACUUGUUGGAGCAACUUUAGAAUACCUGGUCACAAAUUUUCUUGUUGAGUGUGUUGCUAUCAUGGUCCACAGUCCACAGUCAGUGAUAAGGAAUUUGGUGUGUAAAUGUGUUGCUACCAUUGUCUUUGGUCCCAUAGUCGGUAAAUCUGAAAUUGACUAACUGUGUAAAUGUAUUGCUACUGCUGUCUGUAGUCUCGUAGUCAGUGAAUUUGAAAUUGACUAUGUGUGUAAAUCUACUGCUACUGCAGUGUGCAGUCCCAAAGUCAUUGACUGUGAACUUAGGCAAGUGUUUAAUAAAAUCACCUGCAUUAAACUGGCUUAAUUGAGAACUGUAGGUUGAAGAACAAGGCAUAUGACAUGUUUAGUGUGCUUGUUUUGCUUCAUUGCAAUGUGCACUGUGGACUGCGGUAGCAGGAGUUGUUGGGGAAUAUUUCAUUGGCCAGGUACCUGAAGAUUAGCCAGUUUAGCCAACUUGUAGAUAAUUAUAUAAGUUAGUCCCUUUUCCGAGGGGCAGGAUAACGAAUGGUCAAUUCAGUGGAGCACCAAUACUGACCCAAAAAGUACAUUCUCAUGAACUGCAGAGCAUCUGAAAUUUCUCUCCAUGCUCCUUAUACUGCUUUAAACUUGUGCGAGGGGAAUAGAUAAAUCUUGAUGAAAACCUUACUAGAAUAAGCAGGAUUCAGUUAAGGAUGCCUCAGAAAAACCUACUGAAAUAACCCUUUUUUUAUUUGCAGGUGUGGGAUUUUGCUAUAAAUAGUCUCUCAGUCUUACAAAGCUUAGACUUACCUUCAGGAACAGCUUGCUAACACCGAGGAUCUUGAUGUUGCAUUCAGUGUUGUAUAUCUUUUUUCAGAUGGAAGUACAAUAAAU